AAAAGAAAAGAAAAUCCACGUCCGAUGAACACAUGGAACUCUAAACUGAUAUACACGCCUCCUCGACUUCCUCUAUCGGCUCUCGCAACCCUCGACCUCUGCCGCAGUUCAGCUCCCCUCCGCCCUACUCCAACUACUGGAAUCGCAGAUCCAUCUGGUUCUGAUCGAUUCCUUCACCUGCUGGUGAGGAGGCCUGGCUUGCUUGGAUUGAUUUUUCUGCCCCGAUUUGCAGCGGCGAGCGGAGAUGAACUGCGAGACCUGUCAGCUGAAGGAGCUGGAGCUGGAACCGACGGAGAUCAGGGAUGUGCUGCGAUGCAUUUUGCACACCAUAUUCUUCCAUAGAACCCUCAGCCUGGUUCGCCCCAAAGAUGUUGACUGUGAUUUCCUUGAGAUCACUUAUGUACAAUGUGGUCUACCGGAACUAGAAAAGGAAGUUGAUGAAAAGAUAGACCAGUUCACUGCUUGGGUGGAGAAACACCCAAAUCGCAGAAGCCAGAUAUGCCUCUCCUUCUUCGACGAGAAACACAGACACCCAGGUUGGUUUGUCAACAAAACAGAGCGCAUUUAUUGGGAGCAAUGGUUCAUCAAUUUGCAUAUCAUGAGCCCCAAAAGAUACAGCAAGUCAAACAGCUCCAAAGGGCUGACAAACAUUGGAGCAAAUGCCCUGGAGGAGACCAGCACAAGGCGUGCUGCAUUGGAGUCGUCGAUUAACGAAGUGCUAUUCCAGAUCAUAAACUUCGCCAAUGAGAAAAAGGACCACAUUCCUGCCAUCCCUGACAGAAUUUUCAAUCACGAGAUCAUGAUCCCAAGGUGACCCCUUUUCCUUGGACGUGUUGACAGCUCGGAUUCUGUAUUUGGAUGGAACACCGAUGUCAUUCGCAGGGUGCUGAAUAGCGGGCACCCGUACUCACUUUAGCUGAAGACGACAGCACGCUAUUCUGUGUACAUAAGGGUGUACCCUGCUAAUCUGGCUUAGGGAAAACCUAGUUCUUUAUACAUAAUGACAUAAUGUUGUACGCUGCUUAUCUGGCUUGUAAAUACAUAAUGACAUAAUGAUGUACCUUGCUCAUCAGUCAAACGCUCUUAAGUUUGAUAAAGUUCAUAAAAACAAUAUCAAUAUUUAUGCC